AUGUCUCAAUCUGCCAUUUUGGCACGCCGGUUUCAACAGAACUGGAUGGACAGGCAUCCACAGGAUACUUGCCACAGUGGACUAAACUUGGAUGACAGUCUGACUAGCCUUGGCUGGCUUCAGAAUCUGAAGGUGUCAGAGUUCACUCAACCCAGACAGAAACCUGUCGCCUGUGUUAGACUGGACAGUAACCGGAAUUUUAUAAAGGAAGAAUUCAACACCACCUCGGCAUCGUUCACCAUCAUUCAAGAUUCAAACCCAGACUACUCAUUCCAGACUGUAGUUCCCAUGCCGAUCUACAGCAACGCUCCUACAAUCACAGAACACAAGUCCAACCCUUACGUCAAGCCGCCAUAUUCCUACGCCAGUUUGAUCUGCAUGGCCAUGAAAGCCACCAGAAAACACAAGAUAACGCUGGCAUCUAUCUACAGCUGGAUUACCGACAAUUUCAUGUACUACCGCCUUUCCGAUCCCAGCUGGCAGAACUCCAUACGUCACAACCUAUCACUGAACAAAUGUUUCGAGAAGGUUCCACGCCGAAAAGACGAGCCUGGCAAGGGCGGCUUCUGGAGAAUCAACCCCCAGUACAGCGAUAUGAUCGAGAAGGAAGUAUUCAGAAAACGUCGAGCAAGCCUUGACACCAUUCCCUCCCCUUGCUUCAAAAGGUUGAAACUGGAAGACGAUGACAUUUUUAGUGCCUCGGAUCUAAGGAAUGGUCCAGGAGAAGAUAAAAUGUUGAGUAGUAACUGUGUAGAUGCCUUUGGUUCAAAUGACGACGACGGUGAUAACUCUCUGACUUUGAAAGGUGAUUUAAACUGGACGGCGGUUUUGAAUCAAGAUAUUGAAAUUGGCGGGAAGAUCAUCAAAACCGAAGACGUGUUGGAUGAAUGUGAAAAUUCGCCCUUCUUGACCAUGAGCCCGCCAAGUUCCGAAACGAAUUCAGACGAUUUGGGGCUUGACUUUUUGACCCAGACUGGCUUUGGAAUACAUCUUCCUCUAGAUAUACAAACCAACGAUCCUCUAGACCUGACCGUACAGGGCACAACAAUAAGGCCUCCUGACUGGUGGACAGCUGAUGAUAAUAAUAAUAAUAUAGUGCACACGAGCAGUAAUGAAAGCGAAAGUAGUGGUUUAAACACACCGGCUCCGCCUUCUCCAGAACCAGGUGAUAUAAUCUGGGGCGAAAACCUGAAACUAGGUUCAAGCGGGAGUAAUUUUGAUCUGGAAAGUUUAUUUGCUUUUGAUAAAAUUGCCGGCUCUAACAAUUAG